AUGAUUCUCAUUUAUAAGGAGUUGGAGCGUGUGGGAGAGGAGAGUGGUGGGCGCUGGACAGGAUUGGUAAGGGACGAGACCCUUGUUGACCGCGCUAAUUUUCCAGUUCAUAGUGACCGCAUAAAAUCACCGUUGUCGAGAAGAGAAGAGACAACGACUUGCGUCGCAAUCACGACAACGGUGGUCGAAGUCUCUACGACGACUCGACGACACGGACGAUUUCCGCUUUCCGAUUAA